CGUGGAAGCAUGGGCGAAGGGCGAGGAUAAAAAGGGUCAAUUUGCAGUCAUAAUCGACAGAACGAGUGGAAAAUUCAUAUCGGGAGUUUCUUGGAAGUAGGGGCAAUUGGGUCAAUGCAUAAACGUGAGGGCUUAGCAGCCUUCGAUAGACGUGGAAGGCGGACGAGACAUCCAUCUAAUAUCUGAUACGGGCUCACACCCGCUGCAAUUGUAUAAGAGUUCUCUUGGCCUAGUUGGCAGAGCACCGGAACCCUUCCUGUGCAUGGACAUAUCGACACAUCUUCAAGUUCCUAUGUACGCUUUGCUUCUCAAUACCUCAAGGGGCUGUCUAUUUGACUUGGACGAUUCCAGUGAAGUAACCCCAGAUCUCGGUGUGCAUGAGGGGCGGCAUUGACGCCAAGGCAUUUUGGACGGUGGGGACGUCAGAAGAGGGGAGAAUGGGCCCAGAGGGUAUUUCUGUUCUGCGAGGGCAGUGCGAGAAGCCUACAUGAGUCCUGAUUUCCCCCCCACCUGCUAUCUUUCUACAGUCCAGUUUCCACAGCCAGCAGCAAGCAGAGCAUUUCUUGAAUACUACAAUUAUUUCCACGCGCUCAAGAUGGCCACGUUUGCCUUCAAACCAUGUACCUAUGUACCAACUGCUCCGCGUUCCAAGAACGUAACAAGCCGCCGGAAACCUGCCUCGAAGCCAAUCAGCAUCUUCGACAAGCAUCAAUCCGAGUUUGACGAUCUUGGAAUUCGAAUGAACGAUAUGGUCACCGACGAAAACGACGACGACUGCGAGCUUCCCUUCAUCGAACAACUGCUAUAUACCACGCUACAGAAGGAGAGCUUUGCAGCGGAGGACCAGCCCCUAAAUAAAGCAAUCUUCGAAGUUAGGGAUAGAACUACAAGUGAGAGAGGCGGCUCUCUUGAUGAUAACGGGUCAGCGCCAGGUGGAGAUCCAAUUGUGCUGCUGGCGAUGACGACUCAAGUGCCUCUAAAGCUGAAGUCGACGACACAUGGUCUUCGUGCUGAAAGUGCAGCGGCAGAUAAGGAGGGCCUUCUCGAUAGCCUAGAGACCGACAUCGACUCAGCAACCCUGGCCCCUCCCAAUUCCAAUGUAUGGCACGAUAUUGAUGACUUACUCGAGGCAGCGGAGCGCUUGCGGCACUCUGAACCAAAACUUUCGACGUCCAAUCCCUUGCGCCAGAUGAAAGCUUAA